AUGGCACAGGUACAGGAAACUGAAGUUACAUCAGCAGCAGGAUCUGCGAGAAGUUCGAAGAGAAACCAGAGUAAGAAGCGUGCGAAGUCGACGGGAUCGAAGGCGAAGACCGCUUGCGCUACCAAAACGCAUACCGAAGCUCGAGUUAGGUCUUCUACAAAAGGAAAACCAGGCAAAAGCAAGCACUCAAAACCGUGGGAGUAUGAUGACGCUGAAGAUCAACACUACGACUACGUUUCUUGCUCAGAAUCUGAGUCGUCAUCCAGCGAGGAAGAAUACUCCAUGAGUGCAUCACAGUCCCAUGUACAGUUUCUUGAAGAUGAGCAAGAUGACGAUUGCAUCACCAACGAUGACUCAAAUGCUCUUUCUGAGGAAGAUGCUGGACAAUGUUUGCGAUUACCAUGGGUGGAGUUGUGCAGUACAGAUAUUCCUCCACUUGAGCUUCCCGAAAGUAGUAAGGACAUUCCCAUUCCUGUUGAGUAUUUGUUGGAUACAGUAGAGCUUUAUGAACUUUUGCGCAGUUAUUGGCGCACUUUACGACUUACACCCUUCCUCUUCGAAGAUUUCUGUGCAGCGCUACUAUCGUCGGAUAAUUCAUGUUUACUAGCGGAAAUCCAUAUCGUCCUCAUUAGGAUGUGUUUCAAAAAUGAUGACGAAGAGCAGGUUCACUAUUCUGGAAACGAAACUAAUAAUGCAUAUAAUAUUGUUACAGCCUGUUUGGAACCUAUGACCUACGCUGAGGUGCUCCGGCAAUACCUUUCUAGUGAUGUGCAUGUUCCCGUUGAAAUCAUGGAGGCAAUAAAUGCCCCUAAUUAUCCAUUUGUCGAGUUCUCCGCGCGGCUAGUCCUUAUUACAUUCCUUAGCUAUCGUUUUCUGUACUCAAAUGAGUAUAAAAAAGUUGUGGUUGCAUCUAAUGGAAAGAUUGAACACGAUGAAACGUGUCGAUCAUGCUGCAAGAACGGUGAACUGUUGCAAUGUAUUUCGUGUGAGGCUUCUUUUCACCCCUCAUGUAUUGAGCUGGACAAGCAUCCUUCUGAAUGGACAUGCGACUUGUGCGAAAAAAGCAAGGUAAGAGGAGUACAAGAUUGCUUGCCGUUAGGGGAAUGCGCCAACAAGGAACCAUUGCGCAUGGAACCUAUUGGGCGAGACCGCCAUGGCAGAUUUUACUGGUUUGUCGUAAGGAGGAUUUUCGUACAUAAUAUGGAUGAGUCUGACUUGCGGUAUUAUUCAACGGCACCGAAAUUUUACCAGCUUGUAAAGAGCAUGGAUCCAUCUUUUUUCGAAUUUGACUUGUGCAAUUUCUUUUAUGAAAGGUUAAGCGAUAUUUUGGAACAGAUGUCUGUAACGCUUGAGUUAUCAUCUGAUCGUAGGGAUAUUCUUUAUCGCGAAAACUACAACACCAGUAAACCGUUGCCUGCCGAAGUUUUCCUCCAACAAGACAACAUGCAUUUGAUGGCCGAUAUUCUCGCUGCAGAGUCUAAGGAGAUUAAAACUGAAGAAUCCGAAGAAGAACCUGGAUUGAAAGCUGAAGAAGGGGAAGACCAGAAGCCGUUUGCAACUCUUGAUGGUUGUUUCAAAACAAUGCUGGGAUUUUCUAAAGGACAUCUUAUAAAUAACUUUUGGAGUGGUAAUGUUGAAGAAAGUGAAUUGCUCCAGUACAAAAGUGCACGUGAUUCGGAGUGCAGGAGUACUAGUCCCGAUCCAUCGAAACUAUUUCGCAUGGGAAAUCCUAGAGAUGAUGUAAAUUUUUGCAAAUACGUUAACCUCUUCGUUGAACACAAGUUUGGUGAACAUCCUACCACAAAGAAGAAGAUAGUUGACAAGAAGAAAUAUCUUUGUACUAAAUUUUCUUUAAUGGAGGAAGGAGAAUGGGCUUUUGAGUGGUCGACUGCGAAAGGGCACAACUUAUAUGGCAGUGAAAAGCUACAAACAUUGUAUGUUGCAUGGACUAUUGGCAAACUUCUGAGAAAGGUUCCUAUAGAACUGAUGCACCGCAAAUGGCCUAGUGUGUUUCCAGACUUCAAAAAGGAUUUGGACCAACCAAACACUUCAUGGAAGAAGUUGCGAGAACUUUUGCUCCGCUUAGAAUGUGGUAUGAGGCGCACUCUUUUUCUACCUCAAUGGUGGAACAAUCUUGGACAUACGAGACUUACCCGCACUACGAUUGAGGAUCGCGAGCGAUUGAUGAAAGAAGCUCAGCGUCGAAAGAAAGAUGAAAGAGAAUCUGUAGAUGCCCUGGACGAAGAUAUCAUCGUUGUUAAGCACACGAAACUUCCACAUGGAGUUAGCAGAGAGUUGACUCGUAUGCGGGACGAAAAAUAUCGUCUUUAUGGCCGAGGGGAGCUGGGUGGGUGGAUAUGGAUAUCCCGAACCUUGGUGAGAGAUAUUCGCGACCAACCCGGUCCAUAUUCCGUUGAGAAAAAUGGACAAGAAUCCGCAACGAAUGGAAGCAUCAAACGGCCGUCGAUCGAUGUUGUGGCUUCUAAACUGAUGCAGUGGCGCUCAGAACAAGAGGCGGCAAAGAAGAAAAAGAGUUGCGUGUGUUAUUCCCCUAGUUGUCGUAUGGGGAUCCCAUCAAGAUCUGUUUGUUCUAAUGAUGCUAUGGCUGGAUAUCAGUCCUGCUACUCGCAAGAGUGCCGGCAAAAGGAGUUGGAUCUUGACGGACUGUUAGAUCUUAACCCCUGUUUUGCUUCCUCAUAUCCUUCAACUAGUACAUCGGCUGUUGCCAAAGCUUAUGAUCCUUCCAGAGUUUCCGAACCUCGCAAAGGAGUUUUAGGAGAAGAUCUCCCAUGGCCUCUCCCGGAAAUAAACCAUUUUGUAACAAAAGGAUCGAAGCGUACCAGCAUUUUUGUCCUUCCUCAAGUUACCCUACGAAGGUUGGCGAAAACUGCUGGUCGAAAAGCGAUCUAUGUGCCAAGUUUUUCCGCCUCUGCCAAGGGUAACUUACAGUAUUGGAACUAUCCGACUCCUAGACCGUGUUUUGAUCUUUGCUGGAGAUGGUUGACUGUAAACUGUGCGUCGUUACAUGCUGUUGCGCUGCAGCUUCGAAUACUGUGGGCUUCAAUUCGAUGGCAGGACAUGAAGCCAGAGGACGAUGAUCCUGAUAGGCGCAUCAUCACUCACUAUCCCGACCGUGACGAACGCAGAUGGAUUUCUUCGCAUAAGGAGUACUCUUCGCCAUGUAUCUAUGAGAGGUAUCGUAUUUCAAUAGAGGUGCUUCCACUAGAUGACGACAAGGAAGUUGAGGAGGAAGAUGACUUGUCAUGGACAAGUGGCGAACGAGCAGAAAGGAGAAAGAGUACAAGGAGGAAGAAACCUAUACACUCAUCCAGCGUUCAGCGAGUUAGUCAUAUCAAAGAAGAAUGGGUUGAUGGUGUGGACCUUAAACUCCACGAAAUCUAUGAUUAUUGGAAAGGGUACAACAACAAAUUAGAAGCAGAAGCUCGAAAAAAGCAAGCUGCGGCUGCUGCACAAAAGGUGCAACCUGUACGUGCUCUUGCAAAGACACCUCAAACUUCUGAUCGUUCAACUUCUUCGCCACUGAACGCUGCUAACAUCAGAAGGGCAGUUUCUGUUCAAGAUCGAUUUCGUCAACCAAUUCCUCAGCCUGUUCGUCACUCUACAGCACCACAACCUGAACUACGUAGUGAUACAUUGAUUGCUUCGGAAAGAAAGAGGAAGCCAGCACGAAUCAGUGAUUACGAAUAUUACUCUCCAGCUCCUGACGGGGAAGACGGCGCAGCUAACGAAGAUGGAUCUGAGCUUACUGGCUGGGAACCGCGAGCUGCAAAGCGUCCUAGACCAGCGAUUGUUGGUCGCCAGUAUCAGGUCGGCGUGUUGCGUGGAGGUGGCCGAACCGCACAGCAGCCGGUUGGGGACGGCAUGCAGCCUGCGGGCUUAUUGGAAGAAAGUGUAGUUCCACUGGGAGCUGAAGAAACCAUCGUCACUACUGAUCGGAACGAUGUCACACCAGCACGAAACGCGAUUACUUCUAGAAUUAUUGGAAAUGGAAAGAUUCAGGAUUCUCCUGGUGUCGUAUCCAGAUAUGAGAACACUGGUGGAAGUAGUGUUGUACGUUCCACUUCACGAGUGAUGUCACCUGCUUCUCGAGCAGGGAUUCUACACACCCCGAAAGCUACAACGCGUUCGUCAAUCGGUGUGGCAGGUGGUGGAAGCAAGUUGUUAAUGGUGCGUCGGUCCGAUGGUACGACACAAUUCCUACGCCAAAUUCCACAAGGAUCGGAAGAAACUGUUCCAGCACAUGUAUCGAUGGUGAGAGCUAGAAACACACAAACUGUUCGCACGGUGCCUGGAUCCAGAAUAAUUCAAGUGACGGGACGAGAACAAGAUCAGCCAACAUCUACACGACGUAUAGCAGCACAUGCAGUAGACUCCGCUACUAUACGGACAGAAUUCGAACAAACAUCGGAUCCGUUUAUGAAGAGAAUGGCCGUUGAAAAAGCGGUUUCUGGUCCGGUUACUCUUUCGCAGGGCUUAGUUCGGCGACAGCUUCCUCGACCAUCUGAGACAUACGAAGAGAUCUAUUAUGAGCCGUCUGAAGUUAAAGACCACGUGAUGUACUCCGAUGGUACUCGCCAAAUUGCUGCACGCCCCAGAUUGUCGCAACCGUAUGGUGGGGGGUACGCUCAAAAUCCUUCCGUUCAGCAGACGACACGUGGCUCACCUGUUGUUGUCGCAGGAAGAGCUCAUUCUAAUUCUAAUUCUCAGCGGGUAUACUACGUUAAAAAUGCGGUGGCAAUGGUGCCUUCGCGUGUGGUGUUAGCGCCAGCGCCUGUGGAAGGUUACGUACAAGAGGAAAUUGUGCUCGAUAACGUUCCACAGACAUUUCCAACACUUCUGUUGUUUCAGUAUGCAUCAACGGUACCUAUGCGCAGAGUGACUAGUUACAAGGAAUUUUGCAAGAACAGAAGAGCCGCAGAUAAUACAAGGAUUCUAAGUCGCCCAUACCGUUUCGACUUCGAAAAUAAUGAGGACGAAGAAAGGGCGAUCGCUGAGGCGAUUGCUAGAGAGGAAGAGCUAAUGCGACAAGAAGAAGCUGAUAAAGGAGGACGUCCAGAGCCAGGAGCACGAGAUCCGGCUGGACGUCCUUACGAUGAGGAUCCCGAAGAGCACGCGCGGAUGGUGCCGUCGUCAACACACCUCGGGUACAGCCUCUAUCCUCAUCCAGCUACAUCGCGGUACAUGUCAAAUCUAACCAUUCACAAGGACGACACCGCUGAUACUCGUGUAAUAAAGCAUAUUCUGGAGACAAUGGUUAUGCAAGUAUGUCGAUGGGACAAACAGUUUGGAUGGUAUAAAAAUCUUCUCCUGAAGCCGAGACGACCUCAUCUCGAAAGACGGCGAAUGUUCACGAAUCAGAGAGAGACCAUACUAGCGGAGCACAUUGAUAGGCUUAGAAAGGAGAUCAACAAGAGAAGAACGAAAAUUGAGAACCAAGCGGAGGAACUAUGCGGAUUACCGACACCAUGGAGGAAAUCAAGGAUGAAGUCCCAUUUACGAGGCAUGAUUUUCGUUAUGCUAAUAUUAUGCUUACGGCAUAGGCACGUCUUUACACCACCUACUCGCACCCCAUCCACUAAAGACUGUAUUCAUCGCUCGGCCUCAACGUCCUCCACCCUUACUGACGUGAUUAGCGAAGAGCUGUUUCCGAAAUUUCCCUCAGAAGAUGAGGACUGGCAAAGUUUUGGAUAUCUCCUCGACGCGGAAAAAGACAGUGUUGUCCCAGUUGACGCGUCCCGUAGUUCUGCUCUCGCUAAGGCUACGGAAAUAAGCCGACCCCCUCCUGUUGUAAUCAAUCCGGCUGAAAUAAGUCUAGGAGGAGAUGUAGUGAAGGAUUGGGCAAAAGAGUCAGAUACAACCACUAACGUUAAAGAGGAAGAUAAAAGUGAAAAAAAGUCGGAAGAUGAGAAGGAAUCCAAAAAAGUCACUCCUCUUAGUGAACCGAUGGUGGAGGACUCGUCUAGAGUUGCAGACUGGCAGCCGUUGAGAAAGGGACCCGCUCUUUCUUCCCCGAAACACAAACGACGGCAUGACAAUCGAUCUGUGGAAGAGAUCUCCUCCGCUGGCUCAGAAGUACGCAGAAGAGGGCGACCUCCAAAGCGCCAUCACAGAGAACUCGAGCACAGCACAAGAUUGAAUGAGGAUUAUCCACGUGACAGAUCACCGCCUGAAGGACUGGAUCCUAAUUUGUUGCAUUGCAUCUGCAGAACUACCUUCAAUCCAAGAAGGUUCUACCUUCCCUGUGAGAUGUGCUUUCGCUGGUUCCACGGUCGAUGCGUUGGUGUCACCGAAGAGUCGUUCAAAGAGAUGGAUGGAUGGACUUGCCGGGAGUGUUUGCAAGAGAAAAAACGAGCUCGUCAAGAGCAAGAGCUCUACUGCACAUGUCGCACUCCUUACAGUGACUCGGAGUUUUACGUUGGCUGUGAAGCGUGUGAGGGAUGGUUCCAUCCACGUUGUGUUGGGAUUACGCAAAAGGAAGCUGAAGCUAUGGAUGAAUAUCUAUGCCCUACUUGUGCAGAAGCUCAAACUGCCCAAGGCUACGAGUCAGCUAGCAGUUCUGCGAGCAGCACGCAACCUACUUUAUGUCGCGCCGACUAUCCGCUAGUGUGGCGUCUCCUGGAAUGUGUUGUUGACCACAGGAUGUCGUGGCCCUUCCGUAAACCAGUAAACCAGGAGGAGUUUCCAAAUUAUUCAAGUGUGGUGGAAAAUCCUAUAGAUCUAUCCGUCAUACAAAAACGGUUAGAAAAUCUCGAGUAUCAACGUCUCAAAGACUUCACUAGAGAUAUGUCUCGUUUGUUUGAGAAUGCUCGGUUAUUUUAUCCGAAGGAUAGUAAUAUCUACCAGUGCGCAGAUACACUGGAGAAAAUUUUUGAGCACUCGUUGGCUGAGGUUCGCUCUGAGAUUGAAGCACGAAUCAGUGGAAGAAAGGUGUCUGAAUCGCAGACUAUCGACAGUUCCCUAGACAUUGACACUGACCAGUUGAUUGAUGUUAAUUUAGAUGUCGAUCCUACCAUGUUCCUUCUCUAA